CCCUCUUCAUCUUUCAUUCAACGUCACCGUCAACUUCAGCUUCUUCACAGGCCUUCCCCCCUUUACUCCAAACACCAAAAUGAAAGCCUACUGGUACGACAACAAGCCGGGCGACCAACGCCUCCCCCACGACAGCACCCGCCCGGUCACCGAAUCCUACCUCGCCACCUUGGGGGUAAUCUACCACCACCUGCCCUCCCUGGCCGACGUGGACGCCCUGGCCGCAGCCCGGGGCUACAAGAACCGGGACGAGAUCACGGUGUCGCCGACGACGAUGGGCGACGCGUACGAGACCAAAGUCAAGAGUUUCUUCCACGAGCACCUGCACGAGGACGAGGAGAUCCGGUACAUCCGCGAUGGCCGGGGAUACUUCGAUGUCCGCGGGCAGGAGGACGAGUGGGUGCGCAUCCAGCUCGAGAAGGAUGAUCUGAUUAUCUUGCCGGCCGGGAUCUAUCAUCGGUUUACGGUGGAUGAGGGUGAUUAUAUCAAGGCGAUGCGGUUGUUUCAGGAGGAACCGAAGUGGACGCCGUUGAAUCGGAGUGAGGAAUUGGAUGAGAAUCCGCAUCGGGUUGGGUAUUUGGGGUCCCUUGGGAAGGCGGCUGUUGCUGCGGUUUGAGGAAGUUGAUAGUGCUGUAGGGGUGGGUUCUGGGACGGGUGGAUGGCAUUUGGAUAAUGGGUGGGUGGAGAGCAGCAGCAGCAGCAGCAGCAGUAGCAGGAGGUAUGGGAUGGGGUGGGAUGUAUAUAGAAAUAGGCACAUGAAAUUAUGACACCCAAGUUGAUU